UAUGGAUCCAGGACAGGCUUGUCCCAUGGCCUGCUCUGAGCAGUGUGUUGUUUAAGAGAAGAUUUCCACUGGCAGACCAUCUCUCUAUUGCCUUACAGAGAAAGCAAAGAAGAUGGAUCAAUUGAAGAACCAUCUGACUCUGUGCUUUUUACCUUCUGUGCCCUUUUUAAUCCUAGUAUUCACUCUAGCAACUGCUAAGAAUGUGACCAACAGCCCUUUAAAUGACACUGAAAUGGUCUUGGGAUCUGUGCCCGUAAUCCUUGCCACAACGGACCAUAUCAUAGUCAAGGAAGGGAACAGUGCCUUGAUUAAUUGUAGCGUUUAUGGCAUCCCUGACCCACAGUUCAAGUGGUAUAAUUCCAUUGGCAAGCUGCUGAGAGAAGAGGAUGGCAAGGACAGAGGAAUAGGAAAAUGGCAGAUGGAUGACAGUGGGUUACUGAACAUCACCAAGGUGUCUUUUUCAGACCGAGGUAAAUACACGUGCGUCGCUUCUAACAUCUAUGGCACUGUGAACAACACAGUGACCCUGAGAGUCAUCUUCACCUCGGGAGACAUGGGUGUCUACUACAUGGUCGUCUGCCUUGUGGCCUUUACCAUCGUCAUGGUCCUCAACAUUACCCGCCUGUGCAUGAUGAGCAGCCACCUAAAAAAGACCGAGAAAGCCAUCAACGAGUUCUUUAGGACAGAAGGUGCAGAGAAGCUGCAAAAGGCGUUCGAGAUCGCCAAGAGGAUCCCCAUCAUCACCUCAGCCAAAACAUUAGAACUUGCCAAAGUCACUCAGUUCAAAACCAUGGAAUUCGCCCGCUAUAUUGAAGAGCUGGCCAGGAGUGUGCCUCUGCCUCCUCUCAUUAUGAACUGCAGGACGAUUAUGGAGGAAAUCAUGGAAGUGGUUGGGCUGGAGGAACAGGGACAGAACUUUGUGAGGCAUACCCCGGAAGGCCAGGAGGCCCCAGACAGGCAUGAGGUUUAUACAAUCCCCAACUCUCUGAAGCAAAGCGACUCGCCCACCACCGACUCGCCCACCACCGACUCGGAUGCCUCAUCCCUGCACGAACAACCUCAGCAGAUUGCCAUCAAGGUGUCUGUCCACCCCCAGUCCAAAAAAGAUCACAUGGAAGACCAAGAGGGUGGGCAGAUUGAAGUCAAAGAUGAAGAGGAGACUGAACCGUCAGCCGAACAUUCCCCAGAAACUGCAGAACCUUCCACAGACAUCACCUCCACGGAGCUAACUUCUGAAGAACCGACACCUGUGGAGGCGUCAGAUAAAGCGCUGCCCCUGGCUCACCCAGAAGCUGCAGAGCCACCGGUGGCGCAAGACAAAAACAUCUGCGUUAUUUAUGAAAGCCAUGUCUAAU